GAUGCUGGGAAUACACACUGCAAGAGAACAAUAUGAACUGAUUUGCUGUGCCAUUUAGCGUUUCUAGGGAAGUGCUUUUACCACAUCCUUCUCUGAUUGCCUUUGCUCUUCCCCGUAGCCCUCAUCCAUCACAGUGACUGAGCCAAGGAGCAGAAAUGCAUCUGUUUCCCUUACUCUCAUCCGGGAAAAAGGCACCUAUGGAAUGGUCACUGUGACUUUUGAUGUAUCAGGUGGCUCAAAUCCCCCUGAGGAAGAUUUGAGUCCAGUGAGAGGAAAUAUCACCUUUCCACCCGGCAGAGCCACUAUAAUUCACAACUUGACCGUACUUGACGACGAGGUACCAGAGAAUGAUGAGAUGUUUUUGGUUCAACUGAGAAGUGUAGGAGGAGGAGCAGAGAUUAAUGCCUCUAGGAGUUCGGUUGAGAUCAUUGUGAAGAAAAAUGAUAGUCCCGUGAAGUUCCUGCAGAGCGUUUACGUGGUUCCCGAGGACGACCGCGUCCUCACGAUUCCUGUGGUUCGGGGAAAGGAUAACAAUGGACAUCCCAUCGGCUCUGACGAAUCCCCAGUGUCCGUCAGAUACAAGGUUGUGACUGGGGAUUCAACAGCACACGCCCAGCAAAACGUUGACUUCAUCGAUCUUCAGCCGGAUACCACUCUUGUCUUUCCUCCUUUUGUUCACGAAUCACACCUGAAAUUUCAGAUAAUCGACGACCUCAUACCAGAGAUAGCCGAAUCGUUUCACAUUAUGUUACUAAAGGACACCUUGCAGGGAGAUGCUGUACUAAUGGACCCUUCUACGGUACAGGUCACCAUUAAAGCGAAUGACAAGCCUCAUGGAGUUCUUUCAUUCAAUAGUAUUUUGUUUGAAAGGCCAGUUGUAAUUGAUGAAGAUACAGCGUCCAGAUUCGAAGAAAUUACAGUGGUUAGAAACGGAGGCACACACGGGAAUGUGUCUGUGAGCUGGGUGUUGACGCGGAACAGCAGUGAUCCCUCACCAGUGACCGCAGACCUCAGCCCUGCUUCUGGGACUCUACAGUUUGCACAAGGGCAGAUGCUGGCGCUAAUCCCUCUAGCCAUCAUUGACGAUGAGCUUCCGGAGGAGGCUGAAGCUUACCUACUCACAAUCUUGCCUCACACCAUACAAGGAGGCGCAGAAGUGAGCGAACCAGCGCAGCUGCUGUUCUACGUUCAGGACAGCGAUGAUGUCUAUGGCGAAAUAGCCCUUUUUCCUGUGGAAAGCCAAAGGAUUGAAAGCAGCCCUAGCGAGCGAUCCUUAUCCUUGAGUUUUACGAGACGCGGGGGAAGUAAAGGAGACUUGAAGGUGAUUUAUUCUGCACUUUAUAUUCCUGCCGGAGCUGUGGACCCCUCGCGAGCAAAAGAUGGCAUCUUAAAUACGUCCAGACGAAACAGCCUCCUCUUCCCAGAACAGAGCUAUCAAGUCACUACAAAAUUGCCAAUAAGAAAUGAUGCGUUUCUUCAGAAUGGGGCCCACUUCCUAGUGCAGUUGGAAGCUGUGGUGUUGGUGAACAUAGUCCCUCUGAUCCCACCAGUAAGCCCCAGAUUCGGGGAAGUCAGAAAUACUUCAUUACUGGUUACCCCAGCCAUUGCGAAUGGAGAAAUUGGCUUUCUUAGCAACCUUCCAAUCAUUUUGCAUGAACCAAACGAUUCUGCUGCUGAGGUGGUAUCUAUUCCCUUGCAUCGGGAUGGAACUGAUGGGCAGGCUACUGUGUACUGGAGUUUGCGGCCCUCUGGCUUUAAUUCAAAAGCGGUGACUGUGGACGACACAGGUCCCUUUAAUGGCUCUGUUGUGUUUUUAUCUGGGCAAAGCGACACAUCAAUCAACAUUACUAUCAAGGGUGAUGACAUACCAGAGUUGAAUGAAACUGUAACGCUUUCUCUGGACAGGAUGAGUGUGGACAGUGAUGUCCUGAAAUCAGGCUAUACUAGCAGAGACUUGAUUAUUUUGGAAAAUGAUGACCCCGGAGGCAUUUUUGAAUUUUCUUAUGAUUCUAGAGGACCCUAUGUUAUAAAAGAAGGAGAUGCCGUGGAGCUCCGCAUUGCUCGAUCCAGGGGGGCGCUUGUUAAACAGUUCCUCCGUUUCCACGUGGAGCCCCGGGAUAGCAAUGAAUUCUAUGGAAACACGGGGGUGCUGGAAUUCAGUCCAGGGGAACGGGAAGUAGUGAUCACGCUACUCACCAGACUGGAUGGCAUGCCAGAGUUGGACGAGCACUAUUGGGUGGUCCUCAGCAGCCAUGGCAGAAGGGAGAGCAAGCUGGGCAGUGCUACACAUGUCAACAUAAUGAUUCUGGAGAACGACGAUCCUCACGGCAUUAUAGAAUUUGCUUCCGAUGGUUUGACUGUGUCGAUAAGAGAAAGCAAAGGAGAGGAUGUCUAUCAUGCUGUUUAUGGUGUAGUACGAACUCGAGGCAACUUUGGUGCUGUUAAUGUAUCAUGGAUGGUUAGUCCAAACUCUACGCAAGAUGUGUUUCCUGUGCAAGGAACCGUUUGUUUUGGAGACCAAGAAAAUUUUAAAAACAUCACUGUCUACUCCCUCGCAGAUGAAAUCCCGGAGGAGAUGGAGGAAUUCACCAUUAUCCUACUUAGUGCCACUGGCGGGGCUCAAACUGGAAAUCAGACAACUGCCUCCCUGAGGAUUCUCAGGAACGACGACCCCAUUUACUUUGCAGAGCCUUCUGUUGUGAGAGUCCAGGAGGGUGAGGCUGCCAACUUUACAGUUCUCAGAAAUGGAUCUGUUGAUGCGGCCUGCACUGUUCAGUAUGCUACCGUGGAUGGAAAGGCUGCAGGAGGACAGGGAGACUUCGUACCUGUUGAGAAAGGAGAAACCCUCGUGUUUGAGGUUGGAAGCCGAGAGCAGAGUGUGUCUGUAUCUGUCAACGAGGAUGGAAUCCCAGAAACCGACGAGCCCUUUUAUAUAAUCCUGUUCAAUUCCACAGGUGACACGGUAGUUUAUGAAUAUGGGGUAGCUACAGUCGUAAUUGAAGCCAAUGAUGACCCGAAUGGUGUUUUUUCUCUGGAGCCUAUAGACAAAGCGGUGGAAGAGGGAAAGACAAAUGCAUUUUGGAUUUUACGGCACCGAGGACACUUCGGCAACGUUUCUGUGGCUUGGCAUCUGUUCCAGAAUGCUUCUCUGCAGCCUGGACGAGAAUUCUAUGAAACAUCAGGGACUGUUAACUUCACAGACGGAGAAGGAACAAAACCAGUAAUUCUCCGUGCUUUCCCAGAUAGGAUUCCUGAAUUCAAUGAAUUUUAUAUUCUAAGGCUGGUAAAUAUUUCAGGUGCUGGAGGCCAAUUAGCAGAAACCAACCUUCAGGUAACGGUCAUGAUUCCAUUCAAUGAUGAUCCGUUUGGAGUUUUCAUCUUGGAUCCAGAGUGUCUAGAGAGAGAAGUGGCUGAAGAUGUUCUCUCAGAAGACGAUAUGUCUUAUAUUGCCAACUUCACCGUGUUGAGACAGCAGGGUGUCUUUGGUGAUGUAAGGGUUGGCUGGGAAGUUCUGUCCAGAGAGCUCCCUGCUGGCCUGCCACCGAUGGUCGACUUCCUGCUGGUAGGGGUUUUUCCAAGCACUGUGCUUUUACAACCACAUAUGCGACAUCGCCACAGUGGAACAGACGUCUUGUACUUCAGUGGACUAGAGGGUGCAUUUGGGACCGUUGAUCCCAAAUACCAGCCCUCCAGGAACAACACAAUUGCCAACUUUACAUUUUCAGCGUGGGUAAUGCCUAAUGCCUAUACAAAUGGAUUUCUCAUAGCGAAGGAUGACAGUCAUGGCAGCAUCUACUAUGGGGUAAAAAUCCAAACGAAUGAAACCCACGUGACCUUGUCCCUUCAUUAUAAAACUUUUGGAUCAGAUGUUACAUAUAUUGCCAAGAGCACUGCCAUGAAAUAUUUAGAGGAUGGUGUUUGGCUUCAUGUUUUAAUCAUCUUAGAUGAUGGCAUAAUUGAAUUCUAUCUGGAUGGAAAUGCAAUGCCCAAAGGCAUAAAGAGUCUGAAAGGAGAAGCCAUUACUGACGGUCCUGGGAUCCUGAGAAUUGGGGCAGGGAUGGAUGGCGGCGACAGAUUCACAGGUUGGAUGCAGGAUGUGAGAACCUAUGAGCGCAAACUGACUCCCGAAGAGAUUUAUGAACUUCAUGCUAUGCCUGCAAGGAACGAUUUGCAUCCUAUUUCUGGGUAUCUGGAGUUCAGACAAGGAGAAACCAACAAAUCAUUCAUUGUUGCUGCAAGAGAUGACAGUGAAGAGGAAGGAGAAGAAUUAUUCCUUCUUAAACUGGUCUCUGUGUAUGGCGGAGCUCAGCUUUCUGAGGAAAACACUACUGCUCAGCUAAGGAUACAGAAAAGCGACAACGCCAAUGGCCUGUUUGGCUUCACCGGGGCUUGUAUACCCGAGAUGACAGAGGAGGGGUCCACUGUUUCCUGUGUGGUGGAGAGAACCAGGGGAGCCCUGGGUUAUGUUCGUGUUUUCUACACCAUCUCCCAGAUCGAGUCAGAAGGCCUCCAUUACCUCGUUGAUGAUUUUGCUAAUGCCAGUGGCACCAUCACCUUCCUGCCUUGGCAGAGGUCUGAGGUCCUGAAUUUACAUGUUCUUGAUGAGAACAUCCCUGAGCUGAAUGAAUAUUUUCGUGUGACGCUCGUGUCUGCAGUUCCAGGAGACGGCAAACUUGGUUCAACCCCUGUCAGUGGUGCCAGCAUAGAUCCUGAGAAGGAAACCACAGACAUCACUGUCAAAGCUAGCGAUCACCCUUAUGGGUUGCUGCAGUUCUCCACAGGGCUGCCUCCUCAACCUGAAGAUGCAAUGAGUCUGCCUGCCAGCAGUGUGCCACACAUCACAGUGCAGGAAGAGGAUGGAGAAAUCCGUUUGCUGGUUGUUCGUGCACAAGGGCUCCUUGGCCGAGUGACUGUGGGAUUUAGAACAGUGUCCCUGACAGCAUUUAGUCCAGGGGACUACCAGAGUAUUGCUGGCACAUUAGAAUUUCAAUCAGGAGAAAGAUACAAAUAUAUUUUUGUCAACAUCACUGAUAAUUCCGUUCCUGAACUGGAAAAGUCUUUUAAAGUUGAGUUGUUAAACUUGGAUGGAGGAGUGUCUGAACUCUUUAGGGUUGAUGGCAGUGGUAGUGGAGAAGGGGACACGGAUUUCUUCCUUCCAGCUGUUCGCAUGCAUGCCAGUCUAGGAGUGGCUUCCCAGAUUCUGGUGACCAUUGCUGCCUCCGACCAUGCUCAUGGGGUGUUUGAAUUCAGCCCUGAGUCACUCUUCAUCAGUGGAACUGAACCAGAGGAUGGAUACAGUACUGUCGUAUUAAAUGUUACACGGGCUCAGGGAGCUCUGUCUCCGGUGACUUUGCUUUGGAAGGUGGACUCGGACCCAGAUGGGGAUCUCGCUGUCACCUCUGGCAACAUCACGUUUGAGGUUGGGCAGAGGCUUGCCCACAUCACUGUGGAGAUCCUGGCGGACGAAGAGCCGGAGCUAGACAAGACAUGCACCGUGUCCAUCCUCAACGUGUCCAGUGGCUCCUUGGGAGUUCUUACCAGUGCCACGUUGACAAUAUUGGCUAGUGAUGAUCCCCAUGGGGUGUUCAUUUUUCCUAACAAAACUAGACCUAUUAGUGUUGAAGAAGCAACCCAGAACGUCACGUUAUCGAUAAUAAGGUUGAAAGGCCUGAUGGGAGAAGUUGCAGUCUCAUACGCCACCAUAGAUGAUAUGGAAAAACCACCAUAUUUCCCACCUAAUUUAGCAAGAGCAACUCAAGGAGGAGAUUACGUAUCAGCAUCCGGAUUGGCUCUUUUCAGAGCAAAUCAGACUGAGGCAAUGAUCACUAUUUCAAUCCUGGAUGACGAUGAACCAGAACGGUCAGAAUCUGUGUUCAUUGAACUUUUCAAUUCUUCUUUAGUAGACAAAGUACAGAAUCGCCCAAUCCCACAUUCUCCACGCCUUGGGCCUAAGGUGGAGACCGUGGCCCAUCUCAUUAUCGUUGCCAACGACGAUGCGUUUGGAACGGUGCAGCUGUCUGCACCGGCUGUUCGUGUAGCCGAAAAUCAUGUUGGCCCCAUCAUCAAUGUGACUCGGACGGGAGGAGCAUUUGCAGAUGUUUCUGUCAAGUUUAAAGCUGUGCCAGGAACUGCAGCCACGGGUGAGGAUUAUAGUAUAGCGUCAUCGGACGUGGUCUUGCUGGAAGGGGAAACCACUAAAGCUGUGCCGAUAUAUAUCAUCGACGACAUCUACCCUGAGCUGGAAGAGGCCUUUCUUGUGCAACUGCUGAAUGAAACGACAGGCGGAGCCUCGCUGGGGCCUCUAAGAGAGGCCGUCAUUACCAUAGACGCUUCUGAUGACCCUUUCGGACUGUUUGGUUUUCAGAAUACUAAAUUUAUUGUAGAGGAACCUGAGUUUAACUCAGUUUGGGUAAACAUGCCAAUAAUUCGAAAUUCUGGGACACUCGGCAAUGUUACUGUUGAGUGGGUUGCCACCAUUAAUGGACAGCUUGCUACUGGCGACCUGCGAGUUGUCUCAGGUAAUGUGACCUUUGCCCCUGGGGAAACCAUUCAAACCUUGUUGUUAGAGGUCCUGGCUGACGACGUUCCGGAGAUCGAAGAGGUCAUCCAGGUGCAACUAGCUGCUGCCUCUGGCGGAGGUACGAUCGGGUUAGAUCGCGUGGCACACAUUGUAAUUGCCGCCAACGAUAACCCUUACGGUUCAGUAGCCUUUGCUCAGUCCAUUUAUCGUGUGCAAGAACCCCUGCAGAGACGUUCCUCUGCGAACAUAACUGUCAGGAGGAGCGGAGGACACUAUGGUCGCCUGCUGUUGUUCUACAGCACCUCUGAUAUUGAUGUAGUGGCUCUUGCAGUUGAGGAAGGUGAAGAAGAUGUGUUAUCCUACUAUGAAUCACCGACGCAAGGGAUGCCCGACCCGCUCUGGAGAACGUGGGUGAAUGUGUCUGCAGUGGAGGAGACACAGUAUACCUGUGCCACUUUGUGUCUCAGAGAACAUGCCUGCUCUGCCUUCUCAGUUGUCAGUGGUGCCGACGGACCUCAGUGUUUCUGGAUGACCUCAUGGGUCAGCUUAACGGCGAACAGCUCAGACUUCCAGACCUACAGGAAGAACGUGACGAAGGUGGCCUCUCUCUUUAGUGGCCAGGCUGUUGCCGGCAGUGACUAUGAGCCUGUGACAAGACAGUGGGCCCUGAUGCCGGAAGGCGAUGAGUUUGCAAACCUCACGGUUUCUUUACUUCCUGAUGAUGUUCCCGAGAUGGACGAAUGUUUCCUAAUUUCUCUCCUUGAAGUUCACCUCGUGAACAUCACAGACAGUUUUAAAAACCAGCCAACCAUAGGACAUCCGAAUACUUCCACGGUGGUCAUAGGACUGAAUGGCGAUGCCUUCGGAGUAUUCGUUAUGUACAGUGUUAGCCCCAAUACCUCGGAAGAUGGCUUAUGUGUACAAGUGCAGGAACAGCCACAGACCUCGGUGGAACUGGUUAUCCACAGGACAGGAGGCAGCCUGGGGCAGGUGACGGUCGAAUGGCGUGUUGCUGGUGGAACAGCUACUGAAGGUUUAGAUUUCAUAGGUGCCGGAGACAUUCUUACUUUUGCAGAAGGUGAAACCAAAAAGACAGCCAUUCUAACCAUUUUGGAUGAUUCUGAACCAGAGGACGAGGAAAGCAUCUUCGUCCGUCUGGUGGCCACGGAGGGUGGAAGCAGAAUCCUGCCCAGCUCUGACACAGUUACAGUCAACAUCUUGGCAAACGACAAUGUGGCAGGAAUUGUCAGUUUUCAGACAGCUUCGAGAUCUGUCAUAGGCCACGAAGGAGAAAUGUUGCAGUUCCAUGUGGUAAGAACACCCCCAGGUCGAGGAAAUGUCACUGUCAACUGGAAAGUUAUUGGACAAAAUCUAGAAGUCAAUUUUGCUAACUCUACGGGACAACUCUUCUUCUCUGAGGGGGCAUUGAAUAAAACAAUAUUUGUACAUUUGUUGGAUGACAAUAUUCCUGAGGAGAAAGAAGUAUACCAGGUUGUUCUGUAUGAUGUCAAGACACAAGGGGUCUCGCCAGCGGGAGUCGCUCUGCUCGAUGCCCAGGGAUAUGCAGCUGUGUUGACGGUCGAAGCCAGCGAUGAACCACAUGGCGUUUUAAACUUUGCUCUCUCCUCAAGAUUUGUGGUGCUCCCGGAGGCUAAUCUCACUGUUCAGCUCUUCGUCAACAGAGAGUUCGGAUCCCUAGGAGCUAUCAAUGUCUCGUACGCCACUGUUCCCGGAAUAGCAAGUCUGAAAAAUGAAACAGAAGGAAACCUCGCUGAGCCAGAGGCGGACUUCAUCCCUGUGGUGGGCUUUCUGGUUUUAGAGGAAGGGGAAACAACAGCAGCCAUCAAUAUCACGGUCCUCGAGGACGACAUACCAGAGCUCAGAGAAUACUUCUUAGUGAAUUUAACUCAUGUUGAUCUCGUUAUAGCUCCUCUGACUUCAUUUCCUCCCAGACUAGAAAACUUAAUUCAUUACAGACUGAAAGAUUCCGAAGGCUUGAGUGCGCAGAUUGUCAUAGACGCCAACGAUGGUGGUCAGGGUGUGAUUGAGUGGCAGCGUAGCAGACUUGAAGUGAAUGAAACCCACGGCACUGUGACACUGGUCGUCCAGAGGGGCACAGCAGCUCUGGGCCACGUAUCCUUGUUUAUGUACGCCCAGAAUCUAGAGGCUCAGAUGGGGCUAGAUUACAUGUGCACCCCACAGAUUCUUCACUUUGCUGAUGGAGAAAGGUUUAAACCUGUGGACGUUGUGAUUCUGGACGACGACGUUCCAGAAGGAGACGAAAGAUUUCAGUUGAUAUUAACAAAUCCUUCUCCUGGACUGGAGCUGGGGACAAACACAAUAGGUAGAUGCCUUUCCUUUCACAGCCUCUAGUGUGGCUCGAGACAGAUGAGCCUCUUCUUAGCCUCAUACGAGAACCCCGUAAAGCUCAGCUUUUCUAAGUUCUCAACAGUGGGACGGCGUCCAGCCAGUGUGUGUUUGUGUAUGACAUCAGCAAGGUCAGAGGACGUGGAUAAUGAAAGUAAUCUUAAACAAGGUUUUCAAUUACUGAGGUUUUAAUCAACA